UUUGUCUCCUGCUUGACCUUGAUAGAAUAGACAAUUCAUGCACUUGUGGUCGUCAUGGUCUGUGGUAACUUUACACGUGCCAAUCACAUGAAUCUUGGCCCUCCACUAAUAUAUAAGAAUUAGUGCUUUUUAAUUUCAUUUUAGCUGCUGCUGCUGUUGACAAUCCAUGGAAUCCCCAGAAACUCUGGCCAUUGAAAGUUUCUCUCGCAGUUGGUUGACCAGUGUCAACCCCUCCUUGCAAGGUCUUGAGACGGCCCUCAGAGCAUCUCUUGACAGUUCCCAUGAAGCCAUCUCCGAAGAAUUAGAUUACAGGAUGCAGAACUCAAGAAGAUCGCUGGAAGAAGACCAGAACUUCAAUUUCUAUUUUCCCAUUUCCCAAUCCCCUGAUGCUCUUCUUCAUGCUGACCAGCUUUUCUCUGACGGCCUCAUCAGACCCAUUUUUAUCAACCAGUCAAAGAGUGAGGCCUCCAGUUCCCUGAAUUUAGCCCCUACUGUGCCCUCUUCUCUUUCUUCAAAAACUGUUUCAGCUGCUCAGAUUCUUUGUCGUUUCCUUGGAAGAUGGAAGCGAAUCUUGCCGAAGUGUUUUGGAUAUGUUAGACCUUUAUCCCACAGAGUAAGAGACUCAAGAAUAAGCACAAGAGUUGACAAUGUUGAGAGGAUAGCAUGGGAAGUUAAGAGCCAGAGCAAUUCACGGGAAGCAUCUCCAAGCAGAAGAGUAGCUUAUUCACUGGAUGGUUGCCAUGAUAGUGAGAGCUCCAUCCAUGACGCAGUUCUUCAUUGCAAAAGAUCAAUGCAUAAAUGAUUGUUUUACAGAGAGGAAAAAAAAAAGACCGGAAGGAGAAGGGAAGCGUAGAGCUUCUAGAAAUGCAGGGCAGGAGAUCAAACACAAGUUGUCAUCUGCCAUUUCUGUCUUCUACUCCUUUGCUUGUUUAUAUAUUCAUGUGUCCAUUCAGGAUGGCAAUUUUUCAUUGUUGCUCAGCUGUGAAAAGUUUGAUAAAUAAUUAGUAUGUCCUUAUAAAUUACAAUACAGAUUAAUAUGUUA